CCAAAGGAAGCAAAGGUUGCGCUGAAAAGCCACAUUUGAAUGGUAUGGAGGGAAGGGUAUGUUUGAAGCUCUGUAAUCGAAAGUCGCAGGACGCGAUCUUUUCGGAAUCGCGCGCUAUGUGCGUGUCGCAAAAGCUGGGACUGAGAAAGUUCUAUCUGUGUACGUGUCAAGCAAUUAAGAAACCUUUGUGUGUGUGAAUGCAAAAAGGGGCGGGUCGGCUCUACUGGAGGGACACGGUGGGGUUCCGAAGGUUGUGGGGCUAUUAUCCUGAAUGAGUGCCAGUUAGCUAAAUAGCGACGUUUUAGUGACACUAGUUUCUUAUUUCUUGUCAUGCAUGCCAGUCGCUAUGCUACAGUUUUGAGAACUGAAAAAAAAGUCGGAAUCUGGUCUGUACUGUGUGUUGACCGACACUGACAUCUUGACCAACACUGACUUCUACAUUAUACACUAUCGCUUUGAUGUUCAGUUCCAUGCGUAGCAGUGUCAAGUUACUUCAGCACAAGCAUGCUGCUCAAAGCGUUAAAAACAGGGGUUUUACCCGGCACCCCCAUCCCCCCCCAAAAAAAACAAUGUUGCAACACCCCCAAGAUACCUGCCAGAAAAGCCAAAAAGUGCCCCAAAUCCAGUACAUAUGGGUUUCACACCUCCACGGGCAGCAAGAUGAAAAUCGUCCUCGGGAUCCCUUCCUUAAACAGAAGUACGUGUACUGAAUCCUGUACCACGUGUACAAGCCUGUGACAGAAAGUGUGUUCUGGCACAUUGGUAUUAAAUUCGUGUACGGUGGCAUGCGAAAUGUAACUCGACGGAUGCAUCACAAUUACGACAAAAAGCUCCCGUUUCCCUAAGCGUUCUGCACACGAAGCGGCUGGUAGAAACGCGCGCGACGAAGCUCUCGUGCAACAGCUGGAAAAUCAAAUGCGGAUUAACCAGCUCAAUGACCUCAUUUCCCUACGCUGCAAGUUCAUGGGAAGUAAUAAUAAUCAAUGCACACCAUUCAUCAAUGUACAUCUCGCAGUCGUGCGUUGCCAGUGAUGCAACUUAUACCCGUACCAUCCUGUAACAUGUCAAACAACACCUUUUGUGCUUCUUCGGGUGUCUUUUUUAUCUGAAAUAAAAAAAAAGUACUUCCGCGAUUCUUGACAGCUUCUUAACUGCGAGCGUACUUAAAGUCCCUGGAUUAGCGCAUUGUAUGAGAAGUAGCGAAAGGCUUUACGGAGCCGACAAGACGUCCGCAUUGGCCGGUUGCCCUCACGUGGUAUUUUGAUCUCACUUCCGCCGUUUUCAAGGGGUUCCGUCCGCCAUGAACUUCCCAGUCUGCUGCUGUGAGCUAUAGGCGUGUCGAAACGGUGCUUGCGAUUCCAGUUCUCUAUCUUUGCUUGGAAAGUUUUACAAACUGAAAAUGACGGGGUGCUGCGCCUUCGGGUGUAGUAGCCGCCCUGAAACCGGCCAAGCAAUGUUUACCGUGCCAAGGGGAAAAAGCCGAGAGGCGGUAGCGAGGCGGAAGGUGUGGUUGCACAAGAUCGGUCGGAAGAACUUCAAUCCAACGAAAAACACCAAGCUCUGUGAGAAGCACUUCACGGACGACCAGUUCGAGCCACUAAUCUUGCAGAAGUUCGGGGAGAAGAAGCUGAAGUUCAACGCCGUUCCUACCAUCUUCUUGCAUCGUCCUAUCGAAAAAAAGCCCACAAGGCGCAAUCCUCUCGAGCGAUGUGAAAGAAACCAAUGCCCCAACACUGCGAGAAACCGAGUGCUUGAAGAUGUUACAUCUUCAUUCACUGGGCAACUUGAACCAUGCUGCUCUGCAAGUGACCCUCCAGCUUUAUCAUCGAACAUCAGUGACCCCCAGAGCUGUAAUGAUCACGACCCUGUUGCAAGAAGCACGCAGCUGAACACUUCCAUCAGUCAGCCUGACUGUAGAGGAUCUGUAGAGUAUAGAAACCGAGUGCUUGCAGAUGUUACAUCUUCAUUCAAUGGACAACUGGAACCAUGCUGCUCUGCAAGUGGCCCUCCAGAUUUAUCAUUGUACACCAAUGACCCGCAGAGCUGUAAUGAUUACGACCCCGAUGCAAGCAGCACGCAGCUGAACGCUUCCAUCGAACAGCCUGACUGUGGAGAAUGCCCGCAACAGCUUGCUGUUUCCCCUGAGAUUAUUUUUUGUGAUCAUGCAGACCACACUUUGCCAAGCAACAGGAGCAUAAACCGUGUUGCAGCUUACCAGGAUGUGCCUGAUAUCACAGAUCAUGUUGAAAAGGGCACUCGAACAGAAGGUGUACAGCUUAACGUUCCUCCUGAUAGUGCCGCAAAGCGUAUCACAGAGCUGGAAGAGAAGAUUUGUUCGCUUCAGAGGAAACUCUCCGCUGCACAAAAACGUGCCUCGAAAAUUGAGGCUGCAAACAAAAGUCUGACCGAAGGGUUACAGCAGUACCUUAAUGAAGACCAAGUUCUUUGCCUGAAGAAAACAACCAUGCAGGGCAUAAAAUGGAGUGACAACACCAUUGUAAAAGCCUUAAAACUAAGACUUUCCUGUGGUAGUCGUGGCUACAGUGUACUGCAAGAGCUAGGACAACCUCUUCCUUCAGAAAGAACCCUUCAGAGGCGCCUUGAGGGAUACAAAUUUGCAGCAGGAAUACUUCACGAAAUGCUACGUCCACUAGAAGUGAAGGUUGGAAUUAUGAAGGAAGAAGAGCGUCAUGCUGUACUGAUGUUGGAUGAGAUCCAGCUUUCAGAGGGCUUCGACUUCGACUCAUCAUCUGGCAUCGUCAUUGGAAAGCCAACUAUACCGUUGAGUAACGGCUGUUUGCCAGAGUCCUCUGCCGCGACCCACGCUCUGGUGUUCAUGUUAGGCGGUGUCAGUAGCAGAUGGAAGCAAGUAAUUGCCUACGAAUUCACAGGAGGUUCUUUCCAUGUGCCAACCGUCAAGAAAGUCAUCCGUGACAUUAUUGUGAAAUGUGAGAGCAUAGGCCUAUGAAUAGAUGCUGUCGUCAGUGACAUGGGAGGCGGAAAUCAAGGAAUCUGGAGAGCCCAUGGCAUUGUUGUGGGAAAGCAUUCCAGGAAACUGUGUCACACUGCACACCCAUGUGACCAAAGUCGCCGUCUCUACUUCACUGCUGAUGUUCCUCAUUUGCUGAAGAAUUUAAGAAGCCAUCUCACACGUGGUCAGCAUAUCUACAUCGGUCAAGACGUGGCGAUCAAGAAUGACCUCCCGACGAACAAGGUUUCUUUGUCUUAUGUUGAAGAACUUGUGGAAAUAGACGAAGCAAAUGAACUGAAGUUAGCUCCACGGUUGUCAAGGGAAUGUCUGAACCCGGCACAUUACUAAAAAAUGAAGGUUGGUCCAGCUUAUAGCCUGUUCAAUCACGACACAGUUGCUGCUCUACGGUAUCUGGUUCACACAGGACAAAUAGAAAAGGAAGCAUUAACAACAGCCUGGUUUUUUGACCAAGUUUUUAAGUGGUUCAAGAUGUUGACGUCUCGUAAAGAAGAGGCAUUGCUACACAAGCACAAAGAUGGCAUUGCCUUCCUAAACAACUUCAUGACUACGGUGGAAGGUUUGAGCAUUGGAGAUGAACGUAAAGUGUGGAAGCCCGUGCAAACUGGUAUUCUUCUGUCCACGUCGUGUGCCCUUCGCCUGCAAGAGCUCUACCUGCGGACGUACAACUUUGACUACGUCCUCUUCUCACGUUUCUCCCAAGACGCACUGGAGAACCUUUUUUCCACGAUUCGCUCAAAGAAUCCUGUGCCAGCUCCAAAGCAGUUUAAGGCGGCUCUAAGAACAACAACAAUGGCGCAGUUCUUGCUUCCUAGCAAGUCUGGGAGCUACAUGCGAAGUGAUGGCGAGCUGCUCGUUGGUGUGUCUGAUCAGCAAGAGGUACAGCUGGAAGCACCAGACCCUGUGGAUGUGUCUUCGGUUCCGACAGAUGAACAGGACUCCUUGGAGUAUUUAGCAGGUUAUGCUGUGAGUAAAGUGAGCAAGGCCAUUCAAUGUGCAACUUGUGUAGCAGCAAUAAGCUCAGCUUCUCAGGACAGUAGCACCCUCACUCAGAUGAAAGCAUACACCAGUGGAACGAUGCCUUUGACUGUCCCGUCCAGUGUGGUAUUGGACAUGUUAUCUAGUGCAGAAGGACAUUUCAGAGACUACGUUGAAAUGAUUAUGAGCAACGCUUACUCAGUUCACCAAGUUGUCGAGACUGUCUUGAAGGGCGCUGUUUGCCAGAGGUUCCCAGACUGUCAUUGUGUAGCCCUGAAACUUCUUACAACAUUUCUGAAUACCAGGCUUCAUAUCCAUCUGCGGCAUGUAAAUAGUGUACUCAAACAAAAAAAUGCAAGUGUACGGUGUGGCAGCCGAAGUCUUGGCAUGAGAUCAGCAGUGAAAAAUGUGUAGCAUACCUAGCAUUAAACACUCCCACAGAAAAAAAGGCCCUUCUCAGGGCCAACCAAAUA